UGCGAGCUCCCGCUCUGCUGAGUCGAGUCCAAACGAGCAUAGCUAGUUGUAACUACAGUUUUAGAAUUCUCGUCGUUUGAACCAGCUUUAUGUCUGAUUUUUACAGUCAAUUUUGUUUGUUUAUUGAGCUGCUUUUAAACAAUAUACAGAACGGAUAUGUCUAGUGUUAAACAAGUGAGAUUUACUGGCGUUAAUGGCGAAACUACACAAAAUCAUGAAGACACUUCACCGGCUGUAAAUCCUAAAAGAAAAACAGUGGAUCUAUCAUCUCUUCUUAGAGAACCGAAAACUGAAAAUUCCACAGAGCGACAACCAGCAACUGAAAAAAGAAAGAAGAAGAAGAGGAAGUCAGAGUUUCAAAAGUUAAAAGCAGAAAAAAGUAAAUUGAUGAAAGAGUUGAAGAAAACGGAAACAAGUAUUAAAGAAGAUAGUGAGAGAAAACGGAAUGCCGAGUACAGAGCGUUUGAAAACAGGCAACGACUUGCAAGAUCUACUAGCGAAAUUCACUCCAAAGUGAAACAGUUAGAGAACAAAAUUUCAACAAAAGAAAAGCUCCGUCGAGGAAAAAUUCAAAAGAGUUUUAAAACGAAAAUUAAGACAACAACUAUCAAAGCAGGCAAACAGCAUGGUCGUUUAAUCGACUUGACUUCAAAAUUGGAUUAUUUGAAAUUAGACGAAGAGCAGCUUCGUCAUGAAAUAUAUCGUGAAAAAAGCAUGCCCUCUUUAUCAGCGCCAAGUACCAGCAGUUGCCAUAGCAACGCGUACGAGAUCAUUCCACCAGAGAAUGAAGAGAUGGAAACAUGGGUAAAACUUUCAAAUAAUUCCAAAAGGGAAAAAGAAAGAGAGACUAAAGAUAAAGUGCAUACAGCUUCAGACACAUCCACAAGUAGUCCAGAACUUGAACUUUAUCGUAUUGGGUCCUCGCUUUCUUGCGAAACGGAGUUAAGUACUUUGGAAGAGAAGGAGGCCAAAGCUGACAAACUUGCACGAAAGUACGACUUCACAAGAGAGCUCAGAAACACCAUACACCAGCAUAUGAUAUCGAGGUCCUAUAGUUAUUCCUACACGAACAUAAUCCCCCCUUACAAACACAAGAGGCAUAAACCAGUCAAGACAAAGCAGUCUUAUAACAGAGCGAUAUACGAAGAUAAGUUGAAUGUUCAGGAGUUUGCCAAGAAGCAGAAGAAGUUGCCAGUGCUUACGUAAUGGUCAGUGCCAAGGCAGGUCUGCCGCCGGCUGGGAAAUGAUCAUAAGAGAGUACACUGGAUUAGUUGCACAAUUUUUAUUUCAUUUCACUUUAUAACUUUAUAACACUCGACGAAAAAAUGGAUUUGUCAUGUAGGCAAACAUAUAGACAAAUAUAUGGGCAAAUAUCAUA